AUGGCACUGUUGGUGAAUACUGUAUUUUUGUUUCUCGUACUGUCCGUGUGUAGCAUUUUCUGUUCAGAUGAUAACGGAACAUUCUUUUAUUUUGCAUACGGUAGUAAUUUACUUGAUAAACGAAUAAAGUUGAAUAAUCCGACGGCGAUCUUUACUGGUCCCGCUGAAUUAAAGGAUUACAGGUUAGAUUUCUUUAACUACAUAAAGUAUUGGGAAGGAGCUGUAGCCACAAUAGUUCCACAUCCUGGACACGUGGUGUGGGGUGCCCUGUGGACUCUUGACAAAAAGGAGAUGGACCGUCUCGAUAAGCAAGAAGGCGUAGACGUUGGACUGUAUUUUGCUCUGAACAAGACUGUGACGAUGCCGGGAGGAAUCAGCGUCGAGGCUCGCACAUAUCAAGCCACCAAGCUUCCUAGUUUUGAUGACUUGCCAAUGCAAAGGCAACCGUCCAACACCUACUUGCAGGUGAUUUUCUUGGGUGCUGUGGAGAGCAAACUUCCAGCAGAUUAUAUCGGGUCGCUUUUGACCAUUAACCCUAAUGGACAAUUUGCAAAUGAAACGAUCCGGAAAAGUCUUGGAUACCCUUUUUAUUAA